AUGGGGGAGGCUAAUGAUCCAAAGCAGAAGGCAUUCAGUAUGGUUCGACCAUAUUGCGUACAGAUGAUGCAAGAGCAAGCAUCAUGUACUCUGCCACGUGUCAUGCCAUGUCUGACACGUCUCGCAGACAUUCUAUUGGAAGUAUCUCGUGAAUUCACCGACAUCAAACAAGUAAUGUCGGUGCUUAUCGAGUACAUCUUCUUCCCUCUAAGCUUGAUCAUAAAGCACCCUCAAGUCUCUAAUAAUAAUCUGGAAGCUUCAUUACGCAUUGCUGCAAUCGUAUUGGAGCUCUCCCCGUCGAUCCCCAAGCCAAUUUGGAGUGAUUUUAUGGUCAUCAUACCUACAUUAUUAUCUGCAAAGUCUAAGAAACUCAACGAGGAAACCAAAUUAUGGUGUGUCAAGUGUCUGAAAGCACUUGUCAGUAAACCACCAAUAGAAUGGAAGAUGUUUCCAAUACCCAUAAUAGCUGAAAUCAUCACGCAAUUGUUGGAUUUAGCUGCUACGGAAAAGCUACUCGAGUUACAAGUCGAUUCGUUAUCGUCUCUGCGUAUAAUUGUCAAGAGCAUACCAGAUGCACCCAUACUGAUACAAUUCACACCAGGAGUGAUAUCAGGUUUGGUGAAGGUCGCUCUCCGUGACAAGAAGGAUCAUCAUACGAUUAUAGAAGGUGCUAUAUUAGGUAUAGAUGAGCUUCUCUGCAGAGUAUUCGAUGAUUCUCUGUAUCCUCAUAAUGAGAGGAUUGCCAAUGUCAAUCAGGCAAUACAGGAUCUAGUAAAGAACAAGGAAGCAACAACACCAAAACUUCCACCUGUAAUCGCCAAAAGCUUGCAGCCACUAGGUCAAGCUAUAAACACUCUUACAGCAGCAUUGCAGACACAUCCGUCUCCAUAUGUCAGACUAGCUCUAUUGACCAUGGCUGCUAAUGUGUCGCAAAAGUGUCAUCACACUCUUAGCACGUCACUCCCACGACUAUACGAGACCCUUAUAUCAUACUGGGACGACCCAAACAUACUCGUAUCCGCAGCAUGUCAAGAACGUAUAAAAGAUAUAGUCCCAACGCCGAUCCUGAAGUCGAGCUUCCAACUCUUUCUUCAAGGACUACCUCGAAAGCUAGAACGAGGCUCUGAAGAAGAGAAAUUAGGUGCAUUGUCAAUUGCAUCAGGAUAUUUAGUAGUGCUGAAAGAUCAUGCACCUGUAGCUGUAUCUAUAGCAUUAGCUAAACUGACGCCAGGACUGAUUCAUGCUCUGACAUUAGAAACAUCUGAUGUCGGGCUAGUGGAGGCUCGUAUUGCUGGUGGACUGCUCGAUACGCUAUCAUCAGGGCCAAGCGAUGUUGUAAAUAUAACGACGUUUCCAAGACGUCGAUUCGUCUACUUUAGAGAUCAACGAGUAGAAGCAGCUGUAAAUACUUUCUUACGUAAACUGGUAGUUUAUGGAGAUGUGUAUCUCCUAUUCGAUCAUUUGACGUCCUUAUUUCGAGGGACUGCCUUAUCUGGAGAAGUACAAGCAGAAAGUCUGUAUGUGUUGAAUGAAUUCUGCCUUGGAUUGGUAUCAUCUGAUGGUAGAGAUAGUAAACAUAAUAAUGUCAAUGACGUUAUAAAAUCGCUGGUUCAGGAUCUUGUCAGUUCUGGAAUCCUAGAACUAGGUGGUCGAUAUACAGCAGAUAAUGCAUCAUCAUCUACAUCCAGCCUGGAGCCAAAGUCAAGUGCUGCAGCAACAGCUAGUCAGUCGGAGCAGACUGUUGCUGAUCAGAAUGCCAACAUAUUAAAAAAGUCGCUCGUGCUUGAAACCAUAUCAUCAGCCUCUCGCGUACUAGGAACGGACUUUAAACCACUGCUAUUAUCAGCUCUAUAUCCAAUCCUCACAUGUCUCUCAUCGACAUCCCAUCCAAUAUCUUCGUCAGCAUCGGCCUCCCUGUCUAUAAUAUCGAAAUCAUGUAAUUACACAUCCACAUCGCAAAUGAUGAUUGAUAAUGUCGAUUACAUUGCAGACUCUGUACGUAAACGACUCAAAUAUGUAUCGUUGAAUCCUCAUGCUCCGCAGGUCUUGAAUGCGGCAGUUAUGGUGGGUGGGAUCAAGAUUAUAGAUUAUUUAGAUGACUCGGUGGAAGAAGUAUUGGAAGCUUUGGAUUUGAGUGGUGUGGCACAGAGUCAGCAAGGACAGGAACUCGUAUCUGUCCUGCUCACGAUUCUGGAGACGUUGGAUGCACAGUCUAAGAGUGAGGCUCCUUCUGCUGAUAAGGCAAUGGCAACCGAAGAUGUAAAGCCCGAUGAGGAUUUGAAGGAUGGGUUUAAAGGCGUAUCUGAAGAGAUGCGUAAAUUCUAUCUACUGAACUAUAGUCAUGCCAAGCCUGCAGAGAAGUCAUCAGAGCCAUCUAGUAAAGCCAAGAUGGAAGAGAUUGAAGAAUUCUUCUCUGCUCGACAUGCCGCUAAAGGUGAAGCCGAUGAAGAGCAGGACAGUAAUAGUGAUGUCGAACGAGAUGCUGCUGAGGAUGAAGUUGCAAAUAAUAGUCAACCAAACGAUCCACCCUUAGCCCCCGUAUCACGAGCAGAACGACUAGCCCACGUCUGCCUCUUGAAGACUCGUCACUACCUAAGUUCAGACUCUACAUUCCUAUGUCUGGUAGCUUUACAAACAGCACGAACAGCGCUUCCUUUGCUACGGAAUCCAGAAACCCGGGAUACAUCCAUUCACGCAGUUUGGCCAAGUGUAUUGUCACGUCUAUCAGAUUCCAAUACUCCGGUCGCCAUGGAAGCUGCUCGAGUAAUCAGCAUAAUCGCAACCGUAAGUGGGGACUUUGUAUCUAGGCGAGUCAUUGAAGGUGUUUGGCCACGAGUCGAGCAUGUCUUGAAUGCCUUGAUUACAGAAUUCUCGUUACACAGUCAACAUCAUAAUAGUCCCAGUAGAGCGAAAUCUGUAAUGAUGCCACCAGACAAGUACUCCAGUAAAUCCAAACUCGUCAGAUCCAUCCUCGAGAUCGUAACUACUAUAGCACAUCACGUACACACAAAAGUAGGAGACUCGAGACGAGUAGUUAAUGUCAUAUGGCCUUUAUUAUCGUCUCGUGUCUUUGGGAAGGAUGUAUCCGAUGCUGCUAUUCAAGCUCUAGUAGCACUUGGAUCUGGCCGUGUAAAAGAUACUGAUGGGAUAUGGAAUGUCUUGUCUGUUGCUCGUGGUGUGACUAGGCUCUCACGAGAAGGAUUUAGGGAUGUUGAAUGGCCAGCAUGGUAUGUUGACUCUGUGCGUCAACAUGGUAGUGUACAAGACUUUGAGGAGCCGUCGUUGCAGGUUAUGAAUCAGUUGGGGCUUGUAGUAUAG